AUGCAACUCGAAAUAGGCAUUGUAGAAGAAGAGGCAAAAAAUGCCAUGUUCCAUUGGAUUUUGGAUUCGAAAGAUGUAUUUUACAAAAGUCUACAAGUUUCGGAUGCCGAGUUGAAUGACGGAGAAAAGUUAGAAGUUCUUACAGAAUUGUUCAAUCGUUCGCGCAGUCAAUUCUUGUCGCGUUACGGAAAGUAUUUGAAACAUGAGCAUUUGUCGUUAUUUGAAACAGAGUCGACAAACAACUAUGAAGUAAAACAUUACUUGGAUGAAAUAAAAUUUCGUCUGACAAAUCACGAAAGUCUCGUAAAGAAUCGACGAUUCAUGGCACUUCAACGAAUGAUGGAUACGAGUGAUUAUUUUUCCGAAACUGAAAUGAUGAGACGUGAACCUGAUUUGUAUCAUCAACUCGUUGGGAGAUAUUUAACGGAUGAAGAAACACGACAAAGAGAUUCUCAAGAAUGUCCUGGCGAUAGUUUGGUCAAUAUAUUGUUGCAAGGCAUCGAUAAAGAUGAAAUUAGUCGAAAGAGAGACACAGAAGAUGAUAGUGAAGAGAGUUACGAAAAUGUUAAAAAGGCAAAACGAAAAAUUGACACAGAAAUCGAAGAAUUUGAUACAGAUGAUGAUGAACAAAUGGAACAAGAGGCAAACAGUCAAACAGAUGAGCCUUUUUCUAAAACGCAAUGGGGAAAUUUUGAUACAUUAGAUAUUCAAACGUCGUCCUCAUCAUCAAAUAAAGCACGAAAAUUUGGGCAAAAAGUAGAAAAUUUCAUUUUAGCUCCGGAAAAGCAAAUGUUAAAAGACGAAUUUCAAGGAAUAAUGUAUGCCAAUUUCCUGAGCGGGAAUGAUAAAGAUUUCGAUUAUUCAACAAUUGACGAGGACAGUCAAUACGACGAUGAAAAUAUGCGAUCUCGCGAUAUGGAAGACAAAUACUUCGAUUCAGAGGAGCCUGAAACAGCACAAACUGAAGAAAAACUCAGUCAAGAUUCAGAAGAAGAUGAUUUAGACAUCUACAUGAAAGCAUUGGAAAAACAAAUUCAUCGAAGAGAUGUAGAAGAUAUGUCAAAUCAAUUAGAAUUUUUAAAGCAAGAAUAAAUUUAACGCAUGCUUUAAUUUUAAUAUAAA